UACUCACCUUAAUUAUCGACAUGGCUUUGAAAAAUCAGGCCUCAAUUACCCUUUUCUUAUCACUCAAUCUCCUAUUCUUUGCUCUUGUAACUGGAACAGAUAAUUGUGGCACUUGUGGAAAUGGUGGUGGUGGGGGAGGACAAGGGAAGUGUCCAAUUGAUGCUUUGAAACUUGGGGUAUGUGCUAAUGUACUUAAUUUGGUGAAUGUAGUAGUCGGGUCUCCACCAACUUUGCCAUGCUGCAGUUUGAUCCAGGGACUGGUGGACCUAGAGGCCGCGGUUUGCUUGUGCACAGCCAUAAGAGCAAAUGUGUUGGGAAUAAAUUUGAAUAUACCACUCUCUCUAAGCCUCGUACUCAACAACUGUGGAAGGAAUCCUCCUACUGGCUUCACUUGUUGAGCAGCACAUGAUUGAUAUAUCUAUUUAGCUUUUAUCAAAUUUCUCAUCUUGUUAGUGUGAUCAUAUAUGCUUGCCAAUGUCGCGGCUUUUUUCAGUUAAUUUUCCUUUGUGUUUGUGGAAUUUUGGACGAACUCUCGUUCAGUUCAGAAUAA